UAUUAUGAUUUAUUAGUUUGUGCUUGUUGAUAUUAUUUGUGAAUCUCAUAAAAUUUAAGUUGAUAAUGGCACAUAGGAAACAAGAGGAAAAAAUCUUGCCCAACAACGAUUUGGAGAAGAAAAUUAUAGAAGCUUUUGAAGUUUUUGAUCAUUCUGCUAAACAAGUUGUUGACGUCAGAGAAAUCGGAACGAUCUUACGAUCUUUAGGAUGUUGCCCUACUGAAGCUGAGGUGCAGGAAGUGAUUUUGGCGACGGAAAAUAAAGAAGCCACGGGAAAUGUUCCGCUGGCCAACUUUCUGCCCUAUUUGUGCAAGGCUAUGAUUGAACAUAGAUUCUACCCGGCAAGUGCGGAAGUGUUACUGGCAGCUUUUCGUUACUUUGACUCGGAGGGCAGAGGCUAUCUGACUAAGGAACGCUUCACAAAACUAAUGCUGGAAGAAGGGGAACCCUUUACACAGGAAGAGUUUGACGAGAUGAUGCAAACUGCGCUGGAUCCUGUCACCGACACCAUCACGUACGAAUACUACAUCAAUCAGCUCAUGGUGGCGCAUAAAGAUGUGUACCAACUUGCAGAUUUUUGUGAAGAAGAGAGAAAAAGGCUAGCGGACGCUCAACCAAAAAAAAGACGAGCCUCCUCAUUAUUGCGAUCUGCUGCAGCUACUUAAAUUAAUAUUAAUGCUGUUGUUUUAAAUUUUGGUGGAAGAUGAAGUUGCCGAAAACCAGGAACCACCGAAAUAAAAGAUAUUAUUAUUUGGCAUCCCAGAACACUCACUAAAUA